AUAAAUUCCAGUUAGCAUGGCAUCUAAUGAGUCGGUCAACUUCACACCAAGCCAAAUAUUGAUUAACAGAAAUCUUCACACAGAAAAGUCGUUUCAAGAAAAAUACAGCUAUAUCGAACCUAAAGAAUUAUGCUUAAAGGAAAAAAUAUCAAAACUUGUGCGACCAAAAGAAAACAACCUCGUGGAGGCGAUCAAAAAAUUUAUUCUUAGUGUUGUACCAAUUUUAUACUGGUUACCUCGAUACAAAUUCAAAAAAUGGUUUCUUGCAGAUUUCGUCAGCGGACUAACUGUAGGAAUAAUGCACAUCCCUCAAGGCAUGUCGUACGCUCUUCUGGCCGGGCAACAUCCGGUUUAUGGACUUUACAACUCAUUCUUUCCUGUCAUUCUGUACAGUUUGUUGGGGACAUCAAGACACACUUCUAUGGGAACGUUUGCUCUGACUAGUUUGAUGCUGGGUAAUGCCAUGGCAUCACUGGCUCCUGAUCCGGUGUUUGACUUAGCAACGGGGAAGACAGCGGAUGGACUAAAUGAAGAAACAGCGUGGAAUGCAAUUUACGAUAGAAGAAUAAUACUUGGAUCAGCAGUGAUGUUUAUAUCAGGAAUUUUUUUAUUUGGAUUGAGUAUUCUCCGUGUUGGAUUCGUCGUGGUUUAUUUAUCAGACCCCAUGAUUUCUGGAUUUACGUUUGGUGCUGCGGUACAAAUUCUGGUAUCACAAUUCAAGAGUUUGGUCGGAGUAAGCAUAGGAAGUUAUGCGGGACCAUUGAAUCUUAUUUGGAUGCUACGGGACUUGAUUCUUGCAUUGAUCAAUUUAGACGAAGCUGGUAGAACCAAGACUUCCGCCACCGUUGUGAUUUCUGUUAUUUGCAUUAUAUUUCUGGUGAUUUUAAAAGAAUUAAAUGUAAAAUACAAAGAAAAAAUACCACUCGGACUUCCUUUACCGGGGGAGAUUGUUGUGGUUAUUGUUGGGACAGGGAUCUCGUACGGUGUCAACCUCGCAGAGAAAUAUGGAGUUAGCAUCAUUGGAAAUAUUCCGAGCGGAAUACCAGCACCAGUGUUGCCGGCUUUUAAUGAAUUGUCAUCUCUUAUUGGAUACGCAAUACCGAUAGCAGUGGUUGGUUAUUCGGUAUCGGUAUCCAUUGCAAAAAUAUUCGGAAGUAAAUUUGGAUAUGAGAUACGUCCAAAUCAAGAACUUGUUGCGUACGGAGUCAGUAACACAGUGUGUUCGUUCUUCUCCUGCUUUCCAGCAUUUCCGUCCAUGUCAAGAAGUUGUGUACAGGUUGAAAGCGGGGGGAAAACUCAAGUUGUUGGUCUCAUUGCUGCCGCUAUCAUUCUACUUGUGCUACUUGUUAUUGGUCCUCUUUUCAGCAGUAUACCAAAAGCUUGCCUUGCUUCCAUUAUUUGCGUUGCUAUGAAAGGAAUGUUGAAAAGAGCAUUAGCUUUGAAGGACUUAUGGAAGGUUUCAAAAUUAGAUUUUGCUACGUGGAUGGUUGCUGCUAUCAGUACAAUUUUCUUGGACGUGGUAUAUGGUUUGUGUGUUGGAGUCGGAUUCACUUUGUUGUGCAUCAUAUUCCGAACACAACUUGUUGAUAAAGAAGCUUUGGAACGAGUCGGAGAAACUGAAUUUUACAGAAAGGCUGAGCAAUAUACAGAGAUGAGUCUUCAUAGCGGAAUGUGUGUAGGAUCAUUUCGAGGUCCUUUGCAUUACCUCAACAAGGAAGCAUUUCGUAAAAUGGUAACAAAAGUCACAAAGAUAGAUCCGGUUAUGAAAUUAGCAAAAAUGAAGAAAGCUGAAAAGAAGUUGAAAAAGAUAGUAAAGGCCGAUGAAAGUAAUUCAGGAAGAAAGGAGAACGUCAAUAUUGUAUCAACGGAAGGCGUUGUGAAUACAGCAUUCACGCAAAUCGAAUUAAGUGGAGACCUUGAUCAGAACAAAAAUUCAACUGAAGUCAAAAACAAAUCGAUAUCACAAAAUGAAGAGAAAGCACGAGAAAAUAAUUUAAAAUACUUUAUUUUGGAUUGUUCUCAAAUUUCAUUUAUAGAUUCAGUUGGUGCUAAAGUUCUAAUGUCGGUAACUGACGAUUAUAAGAAAAUUGGAGUGACAACUUAUCUGUCGAAUUGCUCUCCUGAGAUUCUACGAGUGUUGACAUUAUCUGGAUAUUUUUCAAAAUUUGGUGACGACGUUGCAUUUGUAUCUAUACAUGAUGCAAUCAUUUAUGCUGCUCAAGAAAUAGAGCAAACACCUUUGUCAAACGAGGUUUCGUUAUCAAGUCAAGAUAUAACACAACUGUGAGUUUUUCAACUUCAAUCAAAAAUGUACGUAUUUUGAAGAUAUUCAAUCUACAAUACACUGUAAAUGUGUAAAGAAUAUUAAUAACGAAGCAAUAUAUAUACCUGAGUUUCGUGCGUUUUUGUUCCGAAUGAGAUGUCAACGAUAAUAUCGACGCUGAAAACAGAAAAAUGCUUAACUAUGUUCAAGUGUGUCUUUCAUUCUUCUUAUUUCUCAUUUUUUGUCUUUUGUUAGAAAUCGUUAUUACCUAACAGUAUGAUGUAUUUAUUUAUGUUACAUUUCGUCUGCACUUCUGGUAUUGUUAUAAUACAUAAUAUGCUUCAAUAUAUUCUAUCAAUAUGUUACUAUUUGUAUGAUUCUUUAUCUUUUAAUUCAAAUUAUCGUUUGAGUUGUUUAAGUCUCGUUUCAUAAAGUUUGGUUAUUAUUGUCUUUUCAAAAAUGACAUGAUAUGCACUAAAAUAUAAUUAAGUAGUCGUACUUCAUUCAUUUCGUCUUAUACCGUGUUUCCCCGAAAAUAAGACCUACCCGGAAAAUAAGACCUAGCCCGAAUUUUAAAAAUGAUUUCAAUAUAAGCCCUCCCCUUAAAAUAAGACCUAGUCAAUCGAGCGAACUUUUGUUUUUACCUAGUCGAUAACAAGAAAUCUCUCCUACACGUUUUAAAUAAUUGAUAAUCCAUGUUUUGCAGUUAUUUCGACUAAAAACGUGUCAUGGGUAUCGCUUUUCAUAUUUUGUAUGUUUGAAAAUCUCGUAAUUCUCUACUUUCUAAUUUUGUUUCUGAUAAAUAAAAAUAUAAGACUUCCCCCGAAAAUAAGUUCUAGUUGUUGUUUUUAGGAAGAAAAUUGACACGGUAGUAAUGAAAUGAUUCUUCUAAAUUUAAAAUAUUCUAUAACAAAUGCCGAAUUCUCAAUUCUUAAUGUUAUAAGUAUUCAUGGAUUAAGUGAUGGUACGAUUUGUUUUGUAAAAUCUCACUAGUUUCCACAAAUACCAGCCUGUCGGUAUAUAAAAGACAACUAGUUCACGUUGCAGAUGCAUGGACUCGCAUGAUUAUCUGGGCGGGAUUGCAACAUGCCACACUCGUGCGUUUUUAGUGGUGUGAUCAUAAGCUUGUAUUUCAUCAGGUCGAGCAAACUGUAGAUGUAAUUACUCUAAUCUAGAUUUCCUGCCCAACAAUCAAUGCAAAAAAUAUUAAACAAAACGAAAUUCAA